UGAUACAGCUCUAAAUCUUAUCCCAUCCUGCAUCAAUCGUCUCUUUUGUCCCGGCCUUGCAUUUCUCCUCUUCUAACGCUUCUGAAAGGCAACCAUGCCCGCCUUCACCCACCCUUUCGCCGCCUCCCCAGACAUAAUCCGCUCCCACCAAAAAGACGCCUACUUCCAAGGCCUCCUCCUACAACACCUCUCUACGAUCCUCCGCAAUCUCUACGGUGCCCGUACCGCGCAUGCAUACACCACUGAAGCGCGGACCUUCGCCGAGCUCCUUUACCUGGGCCUCACCACAGGCCUCGGCAACCGCACGCUGGGCGAGGAAUACACCGACAUCGUGCAAGUAGAAGACGCGACACUCCGUCUCCCCAAUCUCGCACGGCGAUCAGGAUAUAUUAUAUCAACCGUCUUAGUACCCUAUGGCCUCGGACGCAUCCUACCCGCCUUUCGCAGACGAAUACGCGCGAAACUCGAAGCGAAUCUCCGGCAGCGCGCGCGGAAAGGACAGAAAGAGCAAGGAAGCGCGGGAUAUAAACUGCAGUCCUAUAUCUUACACAAUCUGGACACGAUAACAUCGCCGUCGCCCAUAUAUGCUCUGUCGCUAGCAACGUUUUACUUCAGCGGCGCGUACUACCACCUCGGGAAGCGCAUCUGGGGCCUACGAUACAUCUUCACGCGGAAAGUCGAGGAGAGCGAGCAGCGUGUCGGGUAUGAGGUGCUCGGCGUGCUGCUCGUGCUGCAGAUGGCUGUGCAGGCCUACUUGCACAUGCAGAACACCGUCUCCGUGGCGAAUACACCGUCGGUGAUGGGAUCGAGCGUGGUGCUCGACCAUGGUGUCGAAGUCUCGUUGGCACCCGAUGCAUACAGCGCCAAUAAUGCGCUGUUGUUUGAGUCAUCGGCGCCGAAUACGCAGGAUCCGCAGAGCCUACAGCGGAUCACGCAGACGGAAGUGCUCGGCAGGCCGCGAUACGAUCUGAAGAAUGAGUCGGAGAUGGAGUGGAUUAGCGGAACACAGCAGAGGAAGUGUACACUUUGUUUGGAGGAGAUGAAGGAUCCUAGCGUCACGAUCUGUGGGCAUAUGUUUUGUUGGGGUUGUAUUGGGGACUGGGCAAGGGAGAAGCCAGAGUGUCCGCUUUGUCGCCAGAGUUGUUUGGUGCAGCAUGUUUUGCCCUUGAGAGGGUUUUAGUGGAAGCGGGUUGGUUUCUGCAUGUAGGUACUGAAUAAAGCGAGGUAAUCAGAAAGACCCAUCUCGAAGCCUAUGGCAAGUCUGUGUACACUUCUUUGCCACCGUUGGAGGUGCCUCAACAUACUUUCAAAAAUCAAAGCCCAUUACUCCGGGCCACGCAGUAAGCUAGGUAGGCCACCCCAGAGGGCGGCAGCCAGGUCUGCACAGAGCUGCGACGAGGUAAA